AUGUUAAAGGUCGUCGUGCUCGCAAUAUUAACACAUACAAAUUUGAAAUCUUGUCCUGUAAAAUGUCUAUGUCGACAAAUUACUGAAAAUGAAAAAAAAAUUCUUAAUACCAUACUUGAUAGUAGCAGCUUUUCUGAGGUCAAGGCUCUAGAAAUUCUAGAUCAACUUGAAGAUAAAAAAUGGGAUUUGCAAAGAAUCCGCAGAUAUUGGAAUAACAAUCGCAUUAGUGAAACAUAUAUUGUUGGGUCUGCUAAUAAAGGUCUUAAUGAUGAGAUAUAUAGUGCUGGUUAUUAUGAUAAUAAUAAAAGUUGA